GACGAGCCUGAUUGGAUGCUUGAGUAUAGAUUGAAAUCUUAUGAGAAAUUUGUUAAGAUGAAAGAGCCUAAAUGGUCUGAUAACAAGUACCCUGAAGUUGAUUUUCAAAAUAUGGUUUACUAUUCAGAACCUAAAAAGAAACCAACUUUGAAUAGUCUUGAUGAAGCUGACCCUGAACUUGUUAGGUAUUUUGAUAAAUUGGGUAUUCCUUUGAAUGAAAGGAAUCGUUUAGCAAAUGUUGCAGUUGAUGCUGUUCUUGAUAGUGUUUCUAUUGCUACAACUCAUAGGAAGACUUUAGAGAAGUCUGGUGUGAUUUUUUGUUCUAUUUCUGAGGCUAUUAGGGAGUAUCCAGAUUUAGUUAAGAAGUAUUUGUCUAGAGUCGUGCCUCCCGAAGACAAUUUUUACGCGGCGCUUAAUUCAGCUGUUUUUAGUGAUGGAUCAUUUGUGUAUAUACCUAAGAACACCAAGUGUCCUAUGCAAAUAUCUACUUAUUUUAGAAUAAAUGCAAUGGAAACUGGUCAAUUCGAGAGGACUUUGAUUGUCGCGGAUGAAGGGAGUUUUGUGGAGUAUCUAGAAGGGUGUACAGCACCUUCGUAUGAUACGAAUCAGGUACAUGCUGCUGUGGUGGAAUUGUAUUGCCAUGAAGGUGCAGAGAUUAAGUACUCCACCGUGCAGAAUUGGUAUGCGGGAGAUGAGGAAGGUAAAGGAGGGAUUUAUAAUUUCGUUACGAAGAGGGGGCUUUGUGCUGGGGCUCGUUCGAAGAUAUCAUGGACACAAGUGGAGACAGGCUCAGCUAUUACCUGGAAAUAUCCAAGUGUUGUGUUGGAGGGUGAUGAAUCAGUUGGUGAGUUCUAUUCUGUGGCAUUGACUAAUAAUUAUCAACAGGCCGAUACAGGAACGAAGAUGAUACACAAAGGGAAGAAUACGAGGAGUAGGAUUAUUUCCAAGGGUAUUUCUGCAGGAAACUCUAGAAACUGUUACAGAGGAUUAGUUCAGGUCUUAUCAAAUGCAGAGAAUGCUCGGAAUUCCUCCCAGUGUGAUUCAAUGCUCAUCGGUGAUAAUGCUGCGGCCAACACUUAUCCAUACAUUCAGGCCAAGAACCCCUCUGCCCGGGUAGAACAUGAAGCCACAACGUCAAAAAUCGGUGAAGAUCAGUUGUUUUACUUCCAGCAGAGAGGAAUCGACUAUGAGAAAGCAAUGGCUGCAAUGAUCUCUGGGUUUUGCAGAGAUGUUUUCAAUGAACUUCCUGAUGAAUUUGGUGCUGAGGUGAACCAAUUAAUGAGCUUGAAGCUUGAAGGAUCUGUAGGUUAAGCACACCUUUCAUUUUGGUUAGCAAAGUUGAUUGCUGGUGUGAAAAUUUUGGACUUUGUAGCCAUUGGUUUUUGUCAUCUGUAAAGUUGUAGUAGUAUCAUACACAAACUUUUGCUAUUUACACUUAUGUAAAUAAAUAAUGUGUCGAGGUGUUAUCUUC